GCCCUCGCAGGAUGGUUCACCCACCCCUUGUGUAUUUAGGGCAUUGAAGGGGGGUGGGGGUAGGAGCUAUGCUGGUAAACACCCUGGUGAAAAUUUAUUUUUAUCAUGAAAAGAACAAAGUUUCAUUUCUGGGUUCAGGUCUCUAGAGCAUUGAUUUCCAGAGGCUGGUCUUCACAGCACAGUGAGUUGGUGAAUAUUAACCCUUCGGACUGGCUGUGAUUCCUGAGUCUUCCACUGAUUUACUGCUCCUCAGCUGGCUAUUCCCUGUCUCCAUCCUCAUCUUCCCCAUCCAUGAAGGGUGGCCCAGUUCCCCACAUUUAUUUUCUUUUCUGGGCACCCCAUGGGCAUAAGGAGUUUCCCCAGGCCGGGGAUCAGAUCCAAGCUGCAGUUGCAAUCUAUGCUGCAGCUGCAGCAAUCCUGGAUCCUUUAACCAAUGUGCCAGGCUGGGGAUCGAACCUGUGUCCUGGUGCUGCAGAGAUGCGAGCUGCUUGUGCCACAGCAGGCACUCUUCCCCACACUUUUAGACUCCAGUGAGUAGGAUCCCCCUACUCAGAAAAUGCUCACUGGCACAAAAUGCCUGAUUUGGGGCCCACUUUUCGGAGUCCAAGGCCUCCUGAAGUCCUCCUCCUACCUGGAGCAAGUGAUCUUUGGCGAUUCUGCUGAUUGCUUUCUUUUCUAUAAUGAGAGGGGAGAGUGACUUUGGACAAUCGUUUCUAUAUGGACCUCAGUCUGUUAAAAGGCAGCACAAAUUCCUACCUCAUAGGCGCGUUGUAAGUCUUAAUUGAGAAACAGGCAUAAAGGGUUUCAAGAAUUGCUGUUAUGAUAGCAUUAGUAGGACAAGAGCACACCCAACCGUGCUGCCCUCACAUUCCAGUGUCAUUCCAGUGUCUCCAGUAUAAAACCGAGGCAGUCCUCUCGCCCUCCUCCCUUUCCUCUGCAUCCAGUGGAGGGGGCCCGGGGACCGGGCUCCGGGAGCCGGUCAGGGUGUGGGCACGGCUGGGGAAGUUUUAGCGUGAGGCUACGCCGGCGGCAGGGGAGGAGCCCCGCGUGACCGAGAGGCGGGGCGUGGGCUCCGGGUCCCUGGCUUCUCAGGGGCGGGGCUGCUGCAGAGCAUCUCCGCGAACCCGGCCGGAACUGGAGCGCUCUUUGUUUGGCUUGCUGCCUCCUAGACCCUCCGGCGCCUAGGUUCAUUCCUCCCGCCUCUCUGCUCUCUCCUCCUGCUUGCCUCCUUCAUCCGGGCCUGCAAUUCCCUUCUCUAACCUCUUCGUUCCAGAUCCUGCCCUCACAUUUCUGGUCAGCGCCCUUGCCUGGCACCCCUCUCUCCACCCUCCCUCCUGCAUCUUCUUCCCUCGGGUCCCCUCUGGGGUCUUCUUUUUCCCAAGGUCUGGGUCGCUCCGCCCUCCGCCCCCCGCCCCAGGCCGGGGAUGUGCCCUGCAGCCCCGCGCCCAUGGUCCUGACGAUACUGUUCUCUGCCUACAAGUUGUGCCGCUUCUUCGCCAUGUCCAGCCCAAGACCAGGCGCUGAGCGACUAGCGGUGCCCGGGCCGGGGGGGGGCGGCGCCGGUCCGUGGUGGACCGCGGGCGGUCGUGGGCCCCGCGAGGUGUCACCCGGGGUGGGUGCCGAGGUGCAGGGCGCCCUGGAGCGCGCGCUGCCUGAGCUGCAGCAGGCGCUGUCGGCGCUGAAGCAGGCGGGCGGCGGGCGGGCCGUGGGCGCCGGCCUGGCUGAGGUCUUCCAGCUGGUGGAGGAAGCCUGGCUGCUGCCAGCCAUGGGCCGCGAGGUAGCCCAGGGUCUGUGCGACGCCAUCCGCCUGGAGGGCGGCUUGGACCUGCUGCUGAGGCUGCUCCAGGCGCCGGAGCUGGAGACGCGUGUGCAGGGCCGCCUGCUGGAGCAGAUCCUGGUGGCUGAGAACCGGGACCGCGUGGCGCGCAUCGGGCUGGGUGUGAUCCUGAACCUGGCAAAGGAGCGCGAGCCAGUGGAGCUGGCGCGGAGCGUGGCGGGCAUCUUGGAGCACAUGUUCAAGCACUCGGAGGAGACAUGCCAGCGGCUGGUGGCGGCUGGCGGCCUGGACGCCGUGCUGUACUGGUGCCGACGCACGGACCCGGCGCUGCUCCGCCACUGCGCGCUGGCGCUGGCCAACUGCGCUAUGCACGGGGAGGCAGCGCAGCGGCGCAUGGUGGAGAAGCGCGCCGCCGAGUGGCUCUUCCCACUCGCCUUCUCCAAGGAGGACGAGCUGCUGCGACUGCACGCCUGCCUCGCCGUGGCGGUGCUAGCCACCAACAAGGAGGUGGAGCGCGAGGUAGAGCGCUCGGGCACGCUGGCCCUGGUGGAGCCUCUUGUGGCCUCGCUGGACCCCGGCCGCUUCGCGCGCUGCCUGGUGGAUGCCAGUGACACCAGCCAGGGCCGGGGGCCUGACGACCUGCAGCGCCUCGUGCCACUGCUCGACUCGUCGCGCAUGGAGGCGCAGUGCAUCGGGGCUUUCUACCUCUGUGCGGAGGCUGCCAUCAAGAGUCUGCAGGGCAAGACUAAGGUAUUCAGCGACAUAGGCGCCAUCCAGAGCCUGAAACGUCUCGUCUCCUACUCCACUAAUGGCACCACGUCGGCGCUGGCCAAGCGCGCGCUGCGCCUGCUGGGCGAGGAGGUGCCGCGGCCCAUCUUGCCCUGCGUGGCCAGCUGGAAGGAGGCCGAGGUUCAGACGUGGCUUCAGCAGAUCGGCUUCUCCCAGUACUGCGAGAGCUUCCGGGAGCAGCAGGUAGAUGGAGACCUGCUUCUUCGGCUCACGGAGGAAGAACUCCAGACUGACCUGGGCAUGAAGUCCGGCAUUACCCGCAAGAGAUUUUUUAGGGAGCUCACGGAGCUCAAGACCUUCGCGAACUAUGCCACGUGCGACCGCAGUAACCUGGCUGACUGGCUGGGCAGCCUGGACCCGCGCUUCCGCCAGUACACGUACGGCCUGGUCAGCUGCGGCCUGGACCGCUCCCUGCUGCAUCGGGUGUCAGAGCAGCAGCUCCUGGAGGACUGCGGCAUCCGCCUGGGCGUGCACCGCGUCCGCAUCCUCACUGCGGCCAGAGAAAUGCUGCACUCCCCGCUGCCCUGCACCGGCAGCAAGCCCAGUGGGGACGUUCCAGACGUCUUCAUCAGCUACCGCCGGAACUCAGGCUCCCAGCUGGCCAGCCUCCUGAAGGUGCACCUGCAGCUGCAUGGCUUCAGUGUCUUCAUUGAUGUGGAGAAGCUGGAGGCAGGCAAGUUCGAGGACAAGCUCAUCCAGAGUAUCAUGAGUGCCCGCAACUUUGUGCUGGUGCUGUCGGCUGGGGCUCUGGACAAGUGCAUGCAGGACCAUGACUGCAAGGACUGGGUGCACAAGGAGAUCGUGACUGCUUUGAGCUGUGGCAAGAACAUCGUGCCUGUCAUCGAUGGCUUUGAGUGGCCAGAGCCCCACACCCUGCCUGAGGACAUGCAGGCCGUGCUCACCUUCAAUGGCAUCAAGUGGUCCCACGAGUACCAGGAGGCCACCAUUGAGAAGAUCAUCCGUUUCCUGCAGGGCCGCUCCUCCCGUGACUCGUCGGCAGGCUCCGACACCAGUUUGGAGGGUGCUGCACCCAUGGGCCCAACUUAAGCAGUUCCAAGUUCCCAAGCCCUAGCGUGACCCCUGUUUCUAUCAUUCCCCACAAUGGAGCAGCUCCUCGAACUGGCCUCCCUGGGCUGAGACAGCCUGGGCUCUUCUCAGGAAUUGGGCUCAAACCCAAUUUCCUUAGCCCAGAAAGUGAGGGUGCGACCAACACCCAGGCCUACCACCAGGUCCUGUCUCAGGCACGGGAGUGUCACUGCUCAGCUCUGGAGACCCUGGAGACUGAGGGUUCGCUGCACACUCCCUUCCUGCCCUGCCAGCCUGUGCGGGGUGAAGGCAGGUGCCCUCCGAUACAGAUUAGUGCAAUGCCCAGCCCUUGAUGCCAAGGCAGAGUCUGAGCCCAGGAGCCAGCCAGGGAUGAGAGUCCAGCCGUGGCUCUCCACCCAGACUGUGCCUGGCCCCUGGGCUCACCGCUCCCUGCCGCCCUGUGGCCUUGCCCUGUAACCACUCAGUGUCCUUAGCUGGCCUGGUCCCCUCCCAGCCUUCCAGAUGUGCAGGCUCCUUUGCUACAUCUAUGUCUGGGUCAGGGUCAGGAUGAGCCGGCCCACACUCGCUGGUGGAUGGGAGACCCCUGCUUGGAUCUGGGCAGGGGAGGCUGUGCCUUGAAGGGCAGCUGGCCACCCGACCUGUGCCUUGGUGCUGCGCCCCAGGCCUCUGCCCCAGCCUGGCCCCAUGGCCUUCCCCACCCCCUCACUCACCUGCUCAGGGGAGGGGAGGUGAAGCAGCAGCCUGAGCAGAACUGCAGCUGCAGGGGAAGAGGCAAGAUCCUGAAGCAGGGCCAGGGGUGCAUUCGAAUCACCUGGGAAUUCUGCAAAGAGUCCAUUCAGGAGACCCAGGGCGUGGCCCGAGUUUCAGCAUUUCUCACAAACUCCCAGCUGAGCUGACGCUCGCAACCAAGAAGUGACAUCUCAGGAGCAAGGGUCUGAGACGCCCAUGUCACCACGUUUGCCAUUUCCCUGACACUGUGCUCCAGGGUCUCUAAUCAUCAGAGCCCCCCUACCUGGUUUUAUCUCCAUCUUACAGACAAGGAACUAAAAGACGUGCCCAGCUUCUCGCCAUCGGUGGCAGCAUCAGGAUGCAGACCCAGCCUCCAGGUGCUCAGUCCACUGCCGCCAGGGGGUGGGACUGCUCUCCUGAGAACCAUCCUGGAGGCUGAAGCCUGGGCAGGGCUGUUGCUCCACAGGCGGCUGGCUUUCCUUUUGUCCCAAAGAAUCUAGCUGCGGGGGACAGGUUUUUAUAACAGAAGGCUGCCCCAGGGCUAUACAGAAAGAACCGAGUAGGAGUGUCGCCCAGCCCCUUCCUCCACCAGGGUAGAACAGCAAGAAAGUAUCCUCCUUCCACGGAAGCCAGGUCCCAGCUCCUGGGCUCAGCUGGCACCUGCCCUGCCUCUCACCUCCCAAGUGCAGUGAGUUCACACUUGAAGGCUGGCUCAGCCCCGAGAUGCCUCCUGCAGGUGCUGGCCAGGUCACCCUGAGCUCUUGGCAGCAGCUGCAGGCUUGGGAAUUCCUCCGUCCAGUCCCUUCCCUGUCUUUAGCCAGUCCUCUGACUGCACCUGACCUCCUUCCUUCAUGCCACACGAACACCCACCAGUGCCAGGCCUUGGAUGCCAUGGUGACGGAGGUAGGCUGGAUGUUGCCCUCCGAGAGCUGAGACAAUAAUAAUAAUAAUAAUAAUAAUGUGUGAUGAGUCUCCU